AUGGCUGGUGGUCUCGUCAAAUACCGGCAUCUCAGCCGAAACUCAUCCGCCCGCAAAGCUCUGCUGCGAGGCUUGGUCACCCAGCUCGUGCAGUACGAGCACAUUCAGACGACACAUGCAAAGGCAAAAGAGGCCCAGCGACUGGCAGAGAAGUUAAUUACUCUAGCCAAAAGGGACAAUGAGCCAUGCAUUGGAGGCGCACGCGAGACCGCGAUAGACGAUGAAGCUAACCGAAUGCAAAAGACGCCCCAUAUUCUGAUGCCCAAACUCUUUGGCGAACUACGAAACAGAUAUCUUACCCGAGAAGGCGGCUACACCCGUGUCGUCCGCACCGAACCGAAAAACACAUACGACCAAGGCGAGAGCUCCAUCCUCGAAUUUGUCGACGGCCCGAAGGACUCACGAUUCAUGAUGACGGCCAAGACAAUCGCAAGAGAUCGCCUCCUGGGACGGGAAUCCACCCCCGUGACGGCGCAGAAUAUCAAGAAAGUAACACAGUUCCGGGGAGAAAAGGACCUCGAAGCCAUGGUUCAGCGAUUUCUGGCCUUGCAAACGUCUGAUGUGGCUGCUGCAGAGGAGGGACACAGUGAGGAGGCGGCACGGAUCGCGGGCGAGGAGAGUUCCAGAGCACAGGAGCUUGCUGCAGAGGUGAAGACGCAAAAGAAGGAAGCCAAGAGUUAG